AUGGAUCUUCCCGAGGACCUUGCUCCUUCUUCCCUCCAUCCUUCUGGGGAGAACAAGAGAGCCAAUGACUUCGAUGCUAUCGACCACCCUGUACAGCAUCGCGACAAGAUACAAAAGACCACCACCGAUGCUGAGAUAUUGCUAGGCACACGCGAUGGCACAGUUGACCUACUAGGCAAUCGCGAACACUCUAGCAGUCACGAUACCAAGUCAACAGAAAAUAUGCUUCUAGAUCAGGACCAGGCCGCUGAGGCGCAUGGAGCAAAAGGUCCUGCUGUGGAUAAGGCCAGACGAGUGUUGGAUUCCAUGCAAGAUGGCCACGAAGCAGAACACCGGGAGCUCAAAGAUUGCGAAAAGCAGCUAGAGUCUAGACUUCAUUCGUGUUCAGAACAACCCCAAUCGUUUGAGACUGAUCCAGCCGUUGCUCCUCCUCAAUCACUUGGAGUAUCAACUGAGGAUUUUAACACUCUCAAGGCCUCUCUACAAGAAAAAGACGGAGAAUUACUGGCAGUGAAGCAAGAAAGAGACGAGCUCAAAGAAGCCCUACAUGAAACAAAGACUGGAAUCCAGGAACGUGUCGAUGCCGCGGCUCUCGAGGCCUAUGAAAAGGCAGAGUCAAAGCUGUAUGCCACCAAUUCUAGCAUCACGAUGGAACAAAUCCUGGGAGAAUUUGAAGGGCUGGUUUACGAGAUCGACAAUCUAAUCGACAAUCAGUUCAGAGGACAUCCAUACAGAAAGCCACGCACCAACCAACACAAACAACUGUUCGGAAAGUUGGCAGUCGAUUACGAAGUUCGCCUAGGAGAUGAGGAACUCAAGCUACUGAUUCUAAAAAGCGCAAUCUGGCAUGAAAUGAUACGCAGAUUCCUACUGAGUCCUACAUCGGCUGAUCAAGGUCAUAUGGGCAAGGCACUGCUUUUGCUCCAGAGGGAUAUACUGGGGACACCUUGCACGUCAUUCAUGAUGGAAGGAGAAAGUACUUCUUUCGAGAGACAGCGGCUAGAACUCAAGCUCAAGGAUGGCUCUCAAAACCAGUGGAAGCAGUUUCAAUCUGUUCGAGCUCAUAUCGGACAAUAUCUCCCAGCUCAUAUCGAACAACAUCACCAAGCUGUGCCUCCCGAAUCUGAUGAUGAAAUUACAGUUCAGCAUCUGUGGGAGAUGGCUGAGCUCUUCAUUCUAUACUCGAGGACAGACAAAAAAGAAGAGCUGCAAAACUCAUUCCGCGGUGUUGUAAAACAGACCCGGUCGCUUGCGCGCGCCCUUGCCAAAUGCAAUGACCUAUACGUCGUCUGCAUGCCUACAGUACACAUAAUCAAGAAAACCCCAGAAGGAAUAACCAAGGAGAAUCUCGUAUCUGAAUUCAUCAAGACGGACUGUGAUUCACCAAAUUCGGAAGAAUGGGUAUUUGAGACACGAUAUUAUGGUCUCACGAUGUGCGGAGACUAUAUGGAGGUGGUUCAACGAGGUAAACAUAAGAGGACGGGCAACAUCACACAGUCAAUCUCUCCUGCACUGAUCAGAUACAUGCCAAAGAUGGAGCAGGGAGAUGUUGUCGUAAAGGCCAAAGUGUGUCUUUGA